AAGCAAACCAAGGCAAUCUGUCAAAAGAUAAGUGGCAAGUUUUUCAAGUGCAUUGUAAAAUGCAGUUUUUCGUCGCAAAAUACACAAAAUUAUCGUAGAAAACGACCAAAAUCUACUGUUUUAGCAUAUUUAACCAUGGCUAACCGAAAUGAGACUGACCUGGAACAACAGUUUCUGGCUGAUCUCGAAAAGGCCAAAGCGCUCAGCUUAGAAACAUUAGAAUUGGAUAAAAUUCGCAAGCAGCGCUACUCCCAGCCAGAACGGUCGGCUCUUUCUGAAACAAGAACCCUCGAAGAGUAUAAAAACUACAUUCAACGAAAAGCCCAACUCCAUCAAGUAGUGACGUCUGUAGGUAAAAAUACUUCAGCUUCUACGGUGAGUGCACCGCAGCGUAAAAACGUUGAACUGCGGACACCUGCUGCAGGCUCUCAGGGAUCUAGUGGAAAAGAUGAGGCGGAUCUUAUUUCGUUCAAUGCACCUCCGCCACCGCCUAAUUCUCAGGACGAAGCGCACAAUAAUCUGAAGGAGCUUGUCGAUCAAAUGCACCGUUUGAAUGCGCACAAUAAUUUUGAGCAAGGGUAUAAGACUCAGCGUAGUUUAAGCAUGUCGUCGGCGUCUUCCUUCGGCGGAUAUAGUUCACCGUACCUUCAACAACAGGUUGCACAGAAUUACAAUCCAGCAGCAAUGCAGCUUGUACCAUACACACAACCAACAGCGAAACCGAAAGUGCUAACGCCAGACGAAUUGAAUCGUUUGUAUAACAUGCCAGCAUACGGAACAGCACCAGCUGGAUCAAUCAAACCGGGUUUCAUUCCUCAGCCACAAUAUUCAGUAGUAAACUAUCCUCAAUUCUCAGCAGCCUACAAGGCUCCUGUUCAACCCAUCACCGGCCCCACCUCCAGUAUUAUCCCUCAACCAGUCACAGUAUCCGCUCCUCCUUCAACUGGUGGGUUUACUCCUCAUCCAACAAUGUACGGUACUACCUCAACAUCUACAACUCAAACGCCACCGGUUGAAAAUCCCGAAUCCGCAUUAGUAUACGUCCCGAAACCUAUCGUUCCCAAACUCACCCUUGCCAACCGGUCGGCAUCACAGCCACAAAAACCUUUUCCACCACCCCUCCCGGGACCAUCGAAUGGUAAUCUAUUCGGUCGAAAUUCAACUGGCACCAGCAGUACGACGACGACGGCCAGCUCUGCGAGCAUCUCGAACAACAGUGAAGCAGUGGUUUUACGUCCGAAAAGUGAUCCGGCCCGGCUGGGGGAUAACCUGAUCGAUCUGGGAUUCGAGGACAGUUCGCGAGUUUCGGUACUGGAAGCGUUUGAUCCGCUGCUGUGCGGAAACCGAAGCAGCUCCGGAAGCGACGAUAAAGAUGAAACCGCCUCGACCUACUACGAGGACUACGAUCCGUUCGACUACAUCUACAGCGGAGGGACGCAGUAUUCGGAUCCGGUGUACGAAGCAGUCAACCGCUCGGACAAAACGCCUCUUUCGCCAAACAGCAUCGGAUCCGGACCUCCACCGCCCGUUGGCUGGAACCUUUCCAGUGCGUACGGUUUCGGUGAACCGGAUCAGGAAUGCGAUCCUCCACCGUUGCCACCGCGAAAUACGGAAGCAUAUCAGCCGAUGGUUGGUAGUGGUGGUACCGGGAAGGAUAUCGCCACACCCGGACACUAUGAGAUUAUGCAGUGUAGAACCGUGGAGAGACCUUCCGUACCGACCAAGCUGUACGAGAAUGUGGUCAUCAGGAAGAGCUAUGACAAGGAGCUGAUCGCGUUCUAUAAUAUGGUAAAGCAGUUGAGAGCACAAUAUCGCUACGAUCAACCGGAGACCAACGUAGGCCACGUAGUAGCUUCCGAAUUCGACAAUCACUACCCGGAGGGAACCAGUAUUAAGAUGCUCGUCCAUCCGUCGUUGGAUUGCUUUCCCUCGUACGAUAGCGCCAACAAGGGUCAGAUUGAUGGCUAUGGACCACCAAUUCCAUUCACCUGUGAUAUUACAACAUCGGUUGAACACGUGAUCGCUCAAGUCUACUGUGCCCUGGAAGGGCAGGUGAUGAACGGUGUAAGUGAUUACAUGCUGAAGGCGAUCGGUAUUCAGGAGAUCCUAGGUACCCGAUCGAGGCUUAAUCAGUUGCAGUGUGUACAUAACAGUAUCAAGCUGGAACACGACGUCCAGCUAGGUUUCAUUCCGAAGACACCUCGAAUUAUGCAGAGCAUUGCGCGUACGGCUCAGGACGACAUACGGGAUGCAGAACUCAAACUUGAACAUAUCCUGCCGAAGGAACCAACAUCCGCAAUCAGCUACGAUGAUUUGAUGAUUUUGUUGGAGACACUGGAGGCGGAGAUCGAGAAGCUACAGUCGACGGCCGAUGAUCACAGUCCACGGACGAUUUUGAGUUGCUCGGGUGUAAUUCAGGCAGUUAAAGCAAUCUCCAAUAUGCUGGGUACGAUCGAUACGUUGGAAAUUACCAAGUCAUUAGAGGAUUUGAAAGUUUGCUGCGACACUGGUCAGACAGUCUACAGCUAUAACGAUUCAUCGGAAUACAGCAACGGAAGCUUGAGUAUACUGUCUGAGAGUGGGGAUUAUGCCGAGGUUAAGCUGCGACCGAGGACAGUCAGUCAACAGAUACGGUACAGGUGCAAUGAAGUUCGGAAUUCAAUUCAGAGUCUGUUGGAAAUUUAUUCGCAUGCUUUUCGGGUCAAUUUUUGCGUUAAUGUUCCGGAGUGGAACACUACUCCAAUUUCUAUAUGUAACAUUUCGCAGUGUGUGAUGGUGAAUGUGAUGUGUCUGCACAGGCCGCCCAUUCAUUGGAGACAUGACGAAUAUAAUUUGGGUGUUCAGAUCUACCACGGCGCCCGGUACAUCAGUGAAGCGGUGGUCACGUACUGUUCUAAUGAAAUCAGUGGUAUUUAUCCGAGAUUGAAGUUCAAUUCGUGGAUCAUGUUUCGAAAUCCUGUUUGUACGUUACCACGAGAAUCAAGACUUAUUUUCGUGUUGUAUGGUGUAACGCGAGAGCCCGUGGAAGGGGACAAACAGGAGGGAUCAUCUAACCCCGAUGGUCCCGUUCAGGAAGGAAAGGUCACGAAAGUAGAACUGGGUUGGUCAUCCAUCCAAUUUUUCGAUUUCGAACGAAAAAUGAUUCAAGGAUCGUAUUUGCUGUCACUGUGGCCCCCGACAGCGGAAAAAUAUUUUGGACCAGCGCCAGCAAAGGGAACCCACCCAUUAGGAUCUGCGUACCCCCUACUAGGUAUUGAAAUUCCAAGCUACGGUGGAUCGGUAGUUUUCCCUGAACCAAUUAAAAACCUACCGCAAUGGACCAAACUCGAUUUCAACAGUCUAGAUCGCAAUUUGCAGCAGGAGCUAAUUGAUACCGCUGAACAGGGUUACUCUGCAGAUAAACUGGAGAAACGAGAAGUUCUCUGGGAAAAACGUCACUACUUACACACUCUGCCCCAUGCCUUACCGAAGAUAUUGCACGCUGCCCACAGUUGGGAUUAUGCUUGCAUUGCUGAUCAUCACGCCUUGCUAAAAUCCUGGUCGAGUCUAACUCCCGUGCAGGCAUUAGAAUUGCUUCUGCCUCGAUAUCCGGAUCUGGAAGUACGUCGACAGGCCGUCGAAUGGAUCUCUCACAUGCCAAACGACCAAUUCGGAGAUUUUCUUCCACAGCUGUUGCAAGCCUUAAAACAUGACACAUACGAAGCAUCACCACUAGCCAAACUAUUACUACAAAAAGCCCUUGAAUCACCGCGGAUAGCUCACUAUAUGUACUGGUUGCUAUUGCACAGUCUACCCGGAGAGGCUCCCCAGAAUAUGAUUGAGAUGGGACAGAUAGACGAAACACUGGUCAUUCAAGCUCGUUACCAUCGAAGGAAUCAGUUGAUGUUGCGAGCUUUGAUGGCAACUUGCGGUGAAAAACUCACCGCUCGUUUUCUUUCGCAGAACAUGAUGUGCAAAAAGCUUGGCGAGGUAGCCCAAAGUGUCAAGCUGGCGAAAGAAUCCCACCGAUUACAGAUCCUCAAGCAAGGACUGGAAUCGGUCAAUCAAAUACUGAUUGAUAGCCCAACCGUCUUGCCACUGGGACCAGGUAACGAAGUUACCGGUGUUAUCGUCCGUAGCUGUAAUUACUUCAAUUCGAAUACUCUUCCGCUGAAGAUUAAUUUUAUGGGACCGGAUAGGGUGGUGGUGCCUGCUAUCUUCAAGAGCGGUGAUGAUCUACAGCAGGAUAUGUUGACUAUUCAAAUGGUGCGAAUUAUGGAUAAAUUAUGGCUUCGCGAGGGUCUAGACUUGAAGAUGGUCACAUUCAAUUGUGUCCCGACAAGCUACAAGAAGGGAAUGAUUGAAAUGGUGUCGGAUUCGGAGACGUUACGGAAAAUUCAGGUCGAGUGGGGUCUGACUGGAUCCUUUAAGGACAAAUCGAUCGCCGAGUGGUUAGCCAAACAGAACCCUAGUCAAUUAGAGUACCAACGGGCUGUGGAGAAUUUUACGCGUUCCUGCGCCGGCUACUCGGUGGCCACGUACAUUCUCGGUAUUUGUGAUAGGCAUAAUGACAACAUUAUGCUCAAAACUUCGGGACACUUGUUCCACAUAGAUUUCGGUAAAUUUCUAGGCGAUGCACAAAUGUUUGGUAAUUUUAAGAGAGAUCGAACUCCUUUCGUCCUGACGUCCGACAUGGCGUAUGUGAUAAACGGCAGCGAUCGACCAUCGGCUAAAUUCCACAAGUUUGUGGAUCUGUGCUGCACUGCAUUUAACAUUGUGCGCAAGCAUGGUGAUUUGAUAUUGCACAUGUUUGCCCUGAUGACGACGUCCGGCAUUCCGGGCGUUACGGUAGAGGCGGUAAACUACGUUCGAAACGCACUGCUACCCGGACAGUCGAAUCCGGAGGCGGCCGCUUCGUUUGCGAAAAUGAUUCACAUUUCGCUCAAAUCGUGGUUUACGCAGUUCAACUUUUUCCUGCACAAUAUUGCGCAGAUGAAGUUCUCCGCCGAGAACGAUGAUGGGGAGCUGCUGAGUUUCGUGCCAAGGGUGUACACCAUGGCCCAAGAUGGACGCCUAAAAUCAGUAACCGUGCAUGGAUACCAAAAACGGUACGACCUGGAAAAGUAUUACACCUACAUCCUGAAGGUGACCCGCCAAAAUCAACCGGAUCCAGCCUACCUGUUCCGUUCGUACAAGGAAUUCUGCGAGUUUCAUCAAAAGCUCUGUAUCCAUUUCCCGUUGGCUAAACUUCACAGCUUACCAUCCGGUAUUCAUGUUGGUCGAUCGAACGUGAAAACGGUAGCCGAGCGUCGUCUUCCAGAAAUUCGCCAGUUCUUGAUAUCGCUGUUCAACGCGGCAGAUGAAAUUGCACAUUCCGAUCUAGUUUAUACAUUCUUCCAUCCGCUGCUGCGUGAUCAGCAGGAAGCUGAUAUUCAUGCGACCAAGAUGAAAGGUCACCGAGCAAUUGUGGACGAGUAUCAGCAGCCUCGCGGUGAGAUUAAGUUCUCGCUGCAGUACCACCGGGAUGCCCUGAUUGUGAUGAUACAACAUGCUCGAUCAUUGCCCGCCACACCGAACAACCCGGAACCGAACACCUACGUGAAGGUGUACCUGCGUCCUGACCAGUCCAAAACCACCAAGCGCAAGACCAAGGUGGUGCGGAAAAACUGCAAUCCUAGCUUUAUGGAAACUCUCGAAUACCGGCUGUCACUGGAGUUCAUCAGUAAGAAAGUUUUGGAGGUGACGGUGUGGUCCCACGAUUCACUGCAGGAGAAUGCAUUCCUCGGGGGCUAUCGGUUGGUACUGGCCGAGCUUGAUUUGCGACAUGAAAUCAACGAAUGGUUCCCGCUUAGCUAUCUGCCACGGUCGUAGCAGUAGUAAUCAUUGUAGUACGAGUGUUAAAUGUUAUACACAAAUUUUAUUGCUUUGCUUCAUAUUUUCUGUUUUACAAGUCGCGACGGAACAUAUAUUGUCAUAUAUUUUUUUAUCAUUUACAAGUGUGUUUAAUUAAGCUUCCUAACAUUCUUCGUAACACUGCAGAGAGCGAAUUAGGUAAAGAAUUUAUAUAUUUUCUUGCCCGAGAAACACAGGAAGGUAUAAGCAAGCUAAUAAACCGUAUUAUCACUACCAAUAAUAAUUAACGUUGAGGGUUGUAUUUUAUCCUUCUGGAAUUUCACCAUGUGUUCUCAUUGAUGUAAUCAAUGGAAUGCAUACUGAAUACAAAUAUGUAUCGUUCUCUCUAGAAGGUCGCUGUUAUGGUGAAUGUACGUUUUAGACCAAUGUGAUAGCAGGAAAAUGCUCCUUUAAUACACUCGAUCGAUAGCGCCAGUAUGAGGAAGCCAUCGGAAUUGUUUUUGCUUUUAUUCGAGUGUUGUUAGUAGUCGGAGUUUCAACACGAAUUGUCACAUAGAUUGAUGUGUUUAUGGUAUUAUUAUGUGACGAUGUAUGUAUGAAUAUUAUUUCCGGAUUAUUUUAUACUUUUUUGAAAAUGUAUUUAUUUAGUUGAUCAAAUCACAGAAUGGGCGAUGGUACAACGUUUACCUGAGAAAUAUAUCAGCAUUUCAUAUUGCAAUA